ACAGCUGCAUAAGUACAUGUACAUGUACUGUACAUAUCCCCAUGUACAUGUACAUAUGUACGAGCAUUCGCUAGUAGAAGCAGCCGAUCGCGACGACGUACAGUACGUCUGUGGUCUGUGCAGUGCUAGCUGUAAAGAUCCGUCUACCUCUGUCAAUAAACAUUUGUCCAUCAAAUAUGGACCUCGAUGAUAAUGUUAGAAGCAUUUUAACAUGUUUACAAAAUUUCCUAUCAGACACCAACCUUUCCUGCAGUGUGUCACUGACUGUGGACCCCUCUGCCAUAUGCAGCAUCAACGCACAACAGCUCAACACACACCUGAAGAAACUUGUAACUUCACUGCAGACCUUGGUCCAUGAUCAUAUGACCGAGGAUGAAGAUGAAGCCAUCCCAGGGCCGAUGGAGUCUACGGCAUCUCACAUCAAGGACGAAGAUCAGAAGCCAACCGUACCAUCAGAUCUGUCCAUGGUCCAGAUCAGUGCGUCAAAUGCAGAGAUCGAGAGACGAAUCCGAGCCUUUAUGGAAAAGAAACAAAUGGAGGUGGACGAUAUCAACAGGAGAGAGUUCUACACUGUCCCCAUCGUUUCCAGACACAACCAGCAUCAUGUCAACAGCUGUGCUCGCACAGAUGCUGUCUUUAGACCAAGGGCGGGCUGCAAGAGCCAUGUUAAGGUCUCCAGGGUGGUGAAUGUGCACGGGCCGCAGACCAGACCCACCAUGGUCUCCUACCGUCCAAUGUCUGGGCGGUCACCAGUCUCCAAAGCCAGACGCUGCCUGUCCCGCCUGAGCUCCCAGCAGGGUAUCGAAGAGAGGCUUCACAAUAUGGAAUCCCACCUCAAGAUCAGAACGGGUGAGGUCCCCCGGUCAGAUGUGUACCAGAGACUGAAGGAGUUGGAGAGCCGAAUACUGCACCUGGAAGGGCUGUCACCAGAAUACUUUGAUGCCGCAACACAAUCUUUGCUGAAGCAACAGCAAUCAGAGAGUCUCGGCUCAGAUUCCUCGGACUUGUCCAUCCACGAGAUAGACAGUCGCAUCAAACAGCUGCAGGAGUCGCUGCGGAGGAAGAGUUCGCAAGCCAGUCACUUGCAGAGUAACAGCGGUGCACCUGCCUCGCAGAAAACCUAAAAACUUUGCGGGCAGCUUAUAGUAGUCAGACAUGUCCUAGAUGUUAGGCAAGGAUCUGCAAUCCUGUCAGCGAGUGGUUCACAUGGUACUUUCCAGUGUUGUCACAUCCAGCACAAGGCAUUUUUCACAAGCCCAGAAACCAGUCCUUUCACAAAACCAAUCAUUUGUCAAAGGGAGACAAUGACAAAGGAAUGUUUUUGCCGAACAUGAAUAGCUAUUGUGACUUGGGUCAAGACUAGAUGACUUGUGAUGGCUUCCAACAACUUAUGGACCCAACUACAAUACUGGUAUUCUUGCCAUGUGCAGCUAAUGUGCCAUUCAAAUGAUGUUUGAUUCUAAAUAUGAGGCAAGACAGGAAUGCGUGUAUUUCCAUUACAGUGUUUUGUUUUGCUUAAGAAAUGCUGUAUUGUUGCAAAAUUUGUGUGCAUGUACUGUCAUAACUUGUAUAAUAUAUGUGAGUUUCAGGGAGUAAAGAUUUCAGAUUGCUCCGUAUAUUAAUCCCUUUGUGACGGAUGAUGGUAAGAGCCACCGUAAAAAUUGAGAUCCUCAGCCCGCUUUUCAGCUAUUAUUCUCGGCCCACGCUCAAGCGCACAUAGUGAA